CUGGUCUACAUCGGUAUCAUCAGCAUUGGCACACCCCCUCAGGAGUUCAAGGUCGUCUUGGAUACUGGUUCUGCCUACCUGUGGGUUCCAUCCAUCUAUUGUUCCAGCCCAGCCUGUGCUCACCACAAGGUCUUCAACCCUCUGCGAUCUUCCACUUUCCUAGUCUCGGGCCGACCUGUGAAUGUUGCCUAUGGUUCAGGAGAGAUGUCAGGAUUUCUUGCCUAUGACACUGUCAAGAUCGGGAACCUCACGGUUGUAGCCCAGGCAUUUGGCCUGAGCCUGGAAGAACCAGGCACUUUCAUGGAAUAUGCAGUCUUUGAUGGUAUCCUGGGACUGGGCUACCCUGACCUCAGCCUUCAGGGAAUCCUGCCAGUCUUUGACAACCUAUGGAUGCAAGGCCUUAUCCCCCAGAAUCUCUUUGCCUUCUACUUGAGCAGCAAGGAUGAGAAGGGCAGCAUGCUGAUGCUGGGUGGAGUGGACCCCUCCUACUACAGUGGAGACCUUCACUGGGUGCCUGUGUCCAAGCCCAGCUACUGGCAGUUAGCUCUGGACAGCAUCUCCGUGAAUGGGGAGGUCAUUGCCUGUGAAGGUGGCUGUCAAGGAAUUAUGGACACAGGGACCUCCUUGCUGACUGGCCCCCGAAACUCGAUCCUUAACAUCCAUAAUCUCAUUGGUGCCAAGGCAUCUAGCGAUGGCGAGUAUGUUCUCAGGUGUGAUACCAUCAACACCCUACCUGAUAUUGUCUUCACCAUCGAUGUUGUUACCUACCCGGUGCCAGCCAGUGCCUACAUCUGGAAGGGUCAUUCACACAACUGCUAUAGCAACUUUGAAGAAGGCAAAGGUGACCCUUCGGACUCUGAGAUGUGGGUGCUGGGGGAUGUUUUCUUAAGGCUGUAUUUCACCGUGUUUGAUCGGGCAAGUAACAGAAUUGGUCUGGCUCCAGCUGUGUGA